AUGGAGUCUUCUAAAAUAUUUAGACCUUCGUCAGUGUCAAAACUCACUAAAGAAAGUCGCUCUAACAGUGCAAUUGUAUUUCUUUCUAUUUUUACAGUAGAAGUAAAUUCAUUAGUCAGAGAUGGGACAGGUAAUACUGGAAUUAUGAAAAAGUAUGCUCGCAAUGUCUUAUAUGACAAACUGCACAAAGGCGGUGUGUUAGUUUGUGUGGGCCUAACUUUGUAUGGCACAGUGCUGCUAGGUGACCAUUUUUAUAAGUACUUCAAGUAUGUACGACCACAGAUACAGGCAUCAAAGGAAGCUGCUGAAAAGGAACUGUUAUCUGAAGGAUCUUCAGAAAGACUAAAUAUGUGA